GAAAGAAAGCAGACUUGCUGGAAGUAAUAUAACUGACCCCCCUAAUCAGGACCUCCACACGUUUCAAUAGUCUCAAAUUCUGACCAUGAUGGCCAACGCUGAACUUCUGACUUGGUCAGGAGCGCACGUGCCAAAGCGCCCGCAGGACGUCCCCCAGGCCGAGUGCGCGACGCUGACCCGCAGCGACCCGCGUGGUUGGAUGAGCGCGCACGCGCGCGUCCCUGCGGCUCCGGCACGCCCCCGUCCCGACCACUGCGCGCGCGCCUCGCCGGACGUCAACGCGGACAGCUCGCCGGACCCCACGGCCGCCGUCGCGCCGAAAGAGCGCGCACUGGGCGCCGCGCACAGGCACCGGCGCGUCGCGGCGAACGCGCGCGAGCGGCGGCGCAUGCACGGCCUAAACCGCGCGUUCGACCGUCUGCGCAGCGUCAUCCCGUCGCUGGAGAACGACAAGAAGCUUUCCAAGUACGACACGCUGCAGAUGGCGCAGAUCUACAUCGGUGAGCUUUCCGAGCUGCUCGAGGGCGUGGCGGCGCGUGGCACCGGGGACGCCCCCCGCGCGCGCCGCUGCUUCCAGACGCCGUGCACCGGUUACGCCGUGGACGCCGCGACCACGACCACACCGCCCGCCGCCCCCGUGACCGAAGGACACGUGCUGAUCCUUUCCGCGCCCUCGGCUCACUUUGAUUCGGAGAAAAUGGAGCUCGCGGGGGCCAACGGCAGCGACGGAGAGUCUUCACACUGCAGUGACGCCGAAGAAGUACAUCCGGGAACUCAGUGAUUAUAACGUAUAUGCAAAUGACUGUGUAGUGAUUUUUAAAUACUCCUAUAGAUGCCACUAAAGCUCACCUGUGAAGCCCCAGUCAUCCUGACUGAAGCCCCUGAAUCACCACUAGUAGCUAACACACACUCAAAUUAGGCAGUUGCAUAUAAAACUUCAUAUAACAUCAUAUGUAUUUUAUGCAUUUUGUCUAAUUGAGCUCAUUUCGAUAUCAAACUAUGAGCAGACACUCAGUGUGCAAGCUGUAUCGAUGCCUAUUACACAAGGAGGGGUUUUUCCACCAUAGGAAAGUCUUCACAAGUCCUACGAGUAGACUUCUGUACAAUCUAUCCAAAAUUUUUGCCCAGUCGAGGGCUUCCUGUAGCUACACGCUGAGAUGUUUUGCCAAUCCUAAAACUUUGAAGCGUUUGCAGACCGAUUUCACAUUAUAAAACAUUACAACAGCGUUAUCAGUAAUUGCCCUGUAAACACUCUUCCCUUUACUUUUAUUGUUCUCGUUUUUACCCUCUCGUCUUCUGUCCAAACAACCGCGCCGACUGGUUUUUAUCUCUGACGCUCAAGUGUUUACUCAGUGUACGAUUUUAAGGAAGCACAUUUACUCAUCUACUUUUAUUUUCUAGAUCGUUUUUUCUUAUUAUUCGACACUUCUUUCGUCCCUGGUUGUUUUUCCUUAGGAGAGAGACACGAUUAGCCUAUAAUAGCCUAUUUAAAUAAAGAUUCUGCGUACAGGGUGAACCAUUGAAAUCGAAUGAUGGGCCAGAAAACCCUACAGAAAUAUUUUUUUAGUAACAAAUUAGAGUCAGCUAAUUUAUUCUACUAAUAUUAGUGUAUUUAUCACUUCUCUAAAUAUAUAACCGGAGACCAAAACGACACGGCUAAAACGCAGGCCGCCGCCUACUUUUUUUUCCUUUUUAUUAUAUAUUUGGUUGAAAUUAUCUAAAGGAUGUUCUUUGAUAAUCCUGUAUUGUAAAGGUCGAUAACAAGGCAAUAAUCUUUCCCAAACUAUGUAUUAUCAAGGCCCUAAAAAUAAAACCCUGCGAUUGUGUGUGGGCUCAUAAAACUAAUAUCACUGUCUGUGUUUUAGUAGACAUUAAACAAGACCAAAUAGAUACAGUAGAUGUUCAAGUAGACUGUUGGGGGGUUAAUGAAUAAAUAUAAACUUGACCUACGAAAUAACGAUCACCAUGAAACUCUGCUUUUUUUUUUCUUAUUUGGGUUUCUGCACUUUAUUAUCUGAGCAUUGCGAUUUACAUCCACACAUUACAUAAAUCCACUGCCAAUGAACCAACUGCUAUUUAUGUAUAUAAUGUAUUUUUUUACCAAUACAAAUUGUGGAAAUAAAAGCAUUUGCUGUUA